CGUUCUCUCAAUUGUCCUACAUUUAAAAACAGGUGGCGCGCCAAAAGCAAAGUGAAAAUGAGUCGUGAAAAUGAGCACAAGAAUUUACCAUGGGUUGAGAAAUAUCGACCCAACUCACUCGAUGACCUCAUCUCACAUACAGAAAUCAUCAACACCAUUCAGAAAUUCAUCAAGGAAGAUCGCCUACCUCAUCUGCUCUUCUAUGGACCACCAGGUACAGGAAAAACAUCCACCAUCUUGGCGGUUGCUAAGCAACUCUACUCCCCCAAGGAAUUCAACUCAAUGGUCCUGGAGCUCAAUGCAUCGGAUGAUAGAGGAAUUGGUAUUGUCAGAGGUAGUAUCUUGAACUUUGCUAGCACCAGGACCAUCUUCAAAUCGGGUUUCAAGCUUGUCAUCCUAGAUGAAGCUGAUGCAAUGACCAACGAUGCUCAGAACGCUCUAAGGAGAGUAAUUGAAAAGUUCACAGAGAACACUCGAUUCUGUUUCAUCUGCAACUACCUGUCCAAGAUCAUCCCAGCUCUACAGUCCAGGUGCACCCGCUUCCGCUUCGGUCCCCUUGACAACCAACAAAUAGUACCCAGACUGGAGUAUGUCGUUAGGGAAGAAAAUGUUGAUAUGACAGAGGAUGGUAAAAAAGCUCUCAUCACAUUAUCCAAGGGAGACAUGAGACGAGUCAUCAACAUCUUACAGAGCACAUCAAUGGCAUAUGAGAAAGUAACAGAAGAGAACGUCUAUCUGUGUACCGGUCAUCCACUGAGGUCAGACAUAGAGAACAUUGUUAACUGGAUGCUGAAUGAAGACUUUACAGCAGCGUUUAACCAUAUCAACCAGGUGAAGACAAUCAAAGGCCUUGCUCUUCAAGACAUCUUACUAGAAGUGCAUACAUAUGUACACAGAAUUGAAUUUCCACAGAAGGUCCGGAUAUACCUCUUGGACAAGAUGUCUGAUGUUGAGUAUCGACUAGCAGCAGGAACCAGCGAAAAACUGCAACUCGGAUCUCUGGUAGCAGCCUUCCAAAAUGCACGAGACAUGGUAGCAGCAGAGGCAUGAAUCUGAGUAAAAAGGAAUUGAUUGAAGGGGGGGGGCACAAAUUUUAUUAUGAUGGGGAUGUGCCUCACAAAACCUCAGAAUUGGGUCUAAAGAUCUGACAACAAGGUGUAAAAUACAGGGUCUUGGGACCUAUGAUCUAUUGGGCAGAGUAAACAGGUUCUUGGGAUAUGCAUGCUAAUGAUGCUAUGUACCACAAUCCAAGAGCAUUCUUAAUUUCUCUAGUGAACCCUCUUGGCCUAUGUAUAUUCAUUAGGUGCAGACCUUGCCCUUGCUUACCCAGACAUCAAAGCUUCACAUCCCCCUACCACAUCAUACAUAAGAGGAAUUAAGUGCCUUUGAAGCCUUAAAGGGGUAUCCCACCUUGGUAAGAAAAUUGUGUGAAACAAGAAAAAUAUGAAAGAAAGAAUAAACUUUACAAGAUAUUGGGCAAGGAGUAAGGAAGUUAUAGCUGUUUGAAUAAGGAGAUCACUAACACUACAUUAAUCUCAGAUGACAAUUUGGUAAAUUCUGUUGGGGACAACUCCCUUUUAUUGUAUACUUAACAUUUGUCAGGAUUUUGUUAUUUUCUCCUGAGUACUUAUUGCGUUGGUAAUCAAAUCUAAUAUAGAUAAUGUAUUGUCAUAUGAUCUCAUUAAAGAAAGAAGUAUAUAAAUAGAAUUAUUUUAUGGAUUGGAUCAAAUGGAGGAGGAAUCCUUUGAUCACAAUGAAAUGCCUAUGCCUGCACUUUGGAAGCCCACAUAACUAUAGUGCCAACAACUUACCAGUCAACCCAUCAAAAGUGGAUGUGAAUAAAGAGAGAUAAAAAUCAGACAAACAUAAAGCUGAAAAUUUCUUCAAAAUUGGAAGUAAAAUAAGAAAGUUAAGACAUUUUAAA